AUGGAUAUUGCCGAUCAAUUUGCUCAGCACUGGUUCCCAAUAUUUGAUGAUGCAUCCGAAAGACCGAAACUAGCAUCUCUCUACCGUUCGGAUUCGAUGUUGGCAUGGGAAGGUAAACAGAUGCAAGGUGUCGAGAGCAUCAUGGAAUACCUGACUAAGCCAGAGCUGUCAGUUGUGAAGACCCAAGCCAGUAUUGUAGAUGCCGCUCCAGCAAGUGGUGGAGGGAUGGUUAUCACGGUCACAGGAACUCUGGCUUCUACUUCUGAAGAGUCGAGCCCAUUCUUCAUCUACAGCCAGAUCUUCAGACUAGUCCUCUUAUAG